AUGUUUGUGCGUGGGCGGGCGCAGGUUUCUGUCGGCGUCUGCAUCGACAAUGGCAGCGACGAUGGCCUGGUGGUGGAUUUCAAGGGCAAACCGGUGGACAAGUCCCGCGCCGGGGGAUGGCUCGGAGCCGGCCUCAUCCUGGGCACGGAGCUUGCGGAGCGGGUGUGCGUGGUGGGCAUCUCGAUGAACCUGGUGACGUACCUCACCGGCGAAAUGCACCUCUCCAGCGCCAAGUCGGCCAACAUCGUCACCAACUUCAUGGGCACGCUCAACCUCCUCGCCCUCCUCGGCGGCUUCCUCGCAGACGCCAAGCUCGGCCGCUACAUCACCAUCGCCAUCUCCGCAACCAUCACCGCCGUCGGUACGAGCCUGCUAGCGGUGAGCACGGCGGUGCCUCCACGGUGCAUCAUGGCGGCGGCAGGCUGCGUUGCGGCGAGCGGCGGGAAGCCGGCGAUGCUGUACUCGGCGCUGUACACGAUCGCGGCGGGCGCCGGCGGGCUGAAGGCGAACGUGUCCGGGUUCGGCUCGGACCAGUUCGACGCUCGCGACCCUCGGGAGGAGCGGGCCAUGAUGUUCUUCUUCAACCGCUUCUACUUCAGCAUCAGCCUCGGUUCGCUGUUUGCGGUCACCGUGCUGGUGUAUGUGCAGGACAACGUCGGCCGGGGCUGGGGGUACGGAGUGCCGGCGGCCGUGAUGGUCGCUGCCGUGGUGGUGCUCGCGGCCGGCACGCCGCGGUACCGGUACAGGAGGCCCCAGGGGAGCCCGCUGACGGUGAUCGGCCGUGUGCUCUGGGCGGCGUGGCGGAACCGGAGGCUGCCGUGCCCGGCGGAUGCCAGCGAGCUCCACGGCUUCCACGAGGCCAAGGUGCCACACACGGACAGGCUUAGGUGUCUGGACAAAGCAGCCAUUGUGGAGGCCGACCUGGCGACGGCGGCGGCGUUACCGGGCCUGACGGUGACGGAUGUGGAGGAGGUGAAGAUGGUCGUGCAGCUUCUCCCCAUCUGGUCCACGUGCAUAAUCUUUUGGACCAUCUAUUCCCAGAUGGCCACCUUCUCCAUCCAGCAGGCCGAGCAGAUGGACCGCCGCGUCGGCGGCGGCGGCUUCGUCGUGCCAGCGGGGUCCCUCUCCGUCUUCCUCGUCCUCUCCGUCCUCCUCUUCACCUCGCUCAACGAGCGCCUCCUGGUGCCUCUUGCAGGCCGCCUGACGCGGCACCCCCACGGUCUGACCUCCCUCCAGCGCGUGGCCGCGGGGCUCGUCCUCGCCACGCUCGCCAUGGCCGUCUCGGCGAUCGUCGAGAAGAAGCGCAGGGAUGCGUCCACGGGCGGCGGCACCGUCAGCGCGUUCUGGCUGGUGCUCCAGUUCUUCCUGGUCGGCGCCGGCGAGGCGUUCGCGUACGUGGGGCAGCUGGAGUUCUUCAUCCGGGAGGCCCCCGAGCGGAUGAAGUCCAUGAGCACGGGCCUGUUCCUGUCGACGCUGGCCAUGGGUUUCUUCCUCAGCAGUUUCCUCGUGCUCGCCGUCGACGCCGCCACGAGGGGCGCGUGGAUACGGGGACGCCUUGACGACGGCCAGCUGGACCUCUUCUACUGGAUGCUGGCGCUGCUCGGUGUGGCCAACUUCGUGGUGUUCUUGGUGUUCGCCAGUCGGCACCAGUACAAGCGCACAAUGUCGGACGCCGGGGAUGCGGCUGGGACUGUAUAG